CUCCGCGCCCCCGCUGCACGGCCAGGGCGCUGGUGGCCGCAGGCGCCCGGGGCGGCGCGCACCGGCUUAACUGCGCUCCCUCUGCUCCCUCCCAGCGGCCGCCGCGCUCCCACCGCCCGGACCCUGCGGGCUGGACGCACUGGACAUCUGCUGGACACCCUCGGCACCGGCGGGACACCCUUGGCAGCCUGCGGACAGCGGCGUUCCCUCCAGGCAGAGAGGUCCCCGCCGGCGAGAUGCGGCUCCCCGGCCCCCGCGCGCUCCUCCUCCUCCUGCUGCUGCUCGUCGCCGGCCCGGCGCCGCUGGGCGCCCAGGUAACGGGUCAGGUCAGGCGCGGCCACGCUGAGGUGACACGCAGCCCCCAGAGCUGCCUCAGCAAGCAGCAGGUCCUCACGGCCAUCCGCCAGUUGCAGCAGCUGCUGAAGGUCCAGGAGACACGCUUCGCCGAGGGCCUCCGCAACGUGAGGAGCCGGCUGGCGGCGCUCCAGAGCUCUGCCAACAGAGCGGGGCCCGACAGCCCCCCAGUUUCCUGCCCUGCUCUGAACGCCCCUCCGGACGGCAGGAAGUUUGGAAGCAAGUACUUAGUGGACCACGAAGUCCAUUUCACCUGCGACCCCGGGUUCCAGCUGGUGGGGCCCAGCAGUGUGGUGUGUCUUCCCAACGGCACCUGGACCGGGGAGCAGCCCCACUGCAGAGAUAUCAGCGAGUGCUCCAGCCAGCCUUGCCAGCAUGGUGGGACGUGUUUAGAAGGAGUCAACCAGUACACAUGCAUCUGCCCUCCGGGAAGGACCGGGAGCCGCUGUCAGCACCAGGCCCAGACUGCCGCCCCCGAGCGCCAGGCGGACGACCCGGCCUUCAGCCGCGCGCCCCGCUGCGCGCAGGUGGAGCGGACCCGGCACUGCAGCUGCGAGGCCGGCUUCCAGCUGAGCGGCUCCGCGGGCGGCGACAGCCUCUGCCAGGAUGUGAAUGAGUGUGAGCUCUACGAGCAGGAGGGGCACCCCCGGCUCUGCAUGCACGCCUGUGUGAACACGCCUGGCUCCUACCGCUGUGCCUGCCCCAGCGGGUACCGGACCCUGCCCGACAGGAAGAGCUGUGAGGAUAUUGAUGAGUGUGUGAGCUCACAGCACCUGUGUCCCCGGGGGACCACAUGCAUCAACACUGGUGGGGGCUUCCAGUGUGUCAGCCCCGAGUGCCCAGAGGGCAGCGGCAACGUGAGCUACGUGAAGACGUCUCCCUUUCAGUGUGAGCGAAACCCCUGCCCCAUGGACAGCAGAACCUGCCACCACCUGCCCAAGACGAUCUCCUUCCACUACCUGUCUCUGCCCUCCAACCUGACGACGCCCAUCACGCUCUUCCGCAUGGCCAUGGCCUCGGUGCCCGGCCGCCCCGGCCCCAACAGCCUGCGGUUUGGCAUCGUCGGUGGGAACAGCCGCGGCCACUUUGUGAUGCAGCGCGCAGACCGCCAGACAGGGGAGCUGAUCCUCGUCCAGCCCCUGGAGGGGCCGCAGACACUGGAGGUGGACGUUGACAUGUCGGAAUACCUAGACCGCUCCUUCCAGGCCAACCACCUGUCAAAGGUCACCAUCUUCGUGUCCCCGUACGACUUCUGAGGGUGCUUGAGCACAGGGUGUGGCGAUCUGGACUCACGUUUCUUCAAAGCCUCGGCUGUGGGCACUGACUGCGAGACACUGGCCCUCCCUGCCCACCUGCCCACCUGCCCACCUGCCUAGGCACCAGGUGUCCAGGGCAGCGCUGCACCCUGGCCCAGGCGCACGGAAGGGCAGCCAAAAACCCGAACCGCUGCCGUCGCUUCUGUUUUCUGCUUUAAGGUUGUUCCCUUUGAUGAUGCACUAAUUUUCUGAAAUCUCUUUUCCAGAGGAUGGGCAGCUUUUGAAAAUGCUGUGCGAAUGGCACUAUGGGUUUGAGCUAGCUGGGAAGGGGAGGCUCAUAGAUGUCUGAGGUGGUGCGAGUCCUAUAUUAUGACAGUCAUGCUGAGGGUCAAAUGGUGCCCUGUAGGUGUGGCCCGGGGUGGGUCCUGGGCCACAACCUAGUGUUCUGCUGUUGUUUGUGCCUCCUCUGUGACGUGCCUGCCAGCCUUCUCACCAGAGAGGGAUGCAGGGCCUGGGACUCCCACACUGAUUCUUCUAGACCCAGAGAUCACCAUUAAAGAGUAGAUUCUGCCUGAAUUAAUUCCUUUUGAGAAAUCGUAUCUCAAAACACAGUCUGGUGUUCUAACAGAGUACGUAAAGCCUUUUGCUUCUCGCUGCCACCUGGCCCGCCCCUGAACAUGAGCUGGCCCUGUUCCUUUUCCCGCCCAGGCACAGCGACUAAGAUGAGUGACUUAGGGAGAACACACGGGUGAAUGUGGGAUUGCUCCCUCCGGGGAAAUCCGGGCUGGCCACAUGGGAGAUGGGUAAGGCAAUACCCGCCUGUGGGGAGUUUAAGAAGGUGCUUGAAUCCCAUUGAUCCCAGGGGGGGAUGUCCUACAGUGACCGGCUAGGGCGGGGCGGGGGUGGGAGACACCAUUCAGGUUAAAACUUAGAAGUUGGCUGAGCCAUGAGGAGGUUUCAGUAUCCAAAUACAUGUUCAUCCAGGAGAGAUUCACCUCAGGUGCAUUAUUUUAAAAAACUUUGUAUUUGCCUUGGUGUAAGAUGGAGCCAGAGGAUGUGUGUUGCCAGGUGAGUGGUGCAGCCCACAUCAGGAUGUUUCUGGGACACUAUCCUUAUCUUAAUUUGUCAGCCGAAAAGUGAGUUUUUCUCCUCGAAUGGAUUUAGCUGUCAUCUCUGCCACAGCAGAACCGGGGCCUGCAAAUCUGCUUUCCAGGUUGUUAAGAUUCUAUUGAAACUUAUCCAAGCCUUGUAUUUCCAAGCGGUGCUGUGACAGAUCAGAAGCCUGCCUGUCACCCAGCCCCUGGGCAGAAGGCCAGGAGGGAGAGUCCCAGGGCCUGGCCACAUUCCUGAAAUUGAGGUGUCCCAGAGGUGUGCUCCCUCUUCUUGCCGGGGCAGGGCGGCUCCGGGUGAGGCGCGUGGAGGCUGUCCAGGACGGGUGCCCCACCUGCACUGUGAGGUGAUGACUUGGAUGCCACACAGGCCAGUCUAAAGCACCCGAGACCUGCCCUUGCAGAACCACAUAGCGUGCCAGCUGCUCGGGCCCUCCUGUGGAUCAUGCCUGGGCCUUCUCCGGGGGUAAUACCUGAUAGAGUUCUCUCUCCUCUCUCACCUCAUGUUCCCUGUGGAAGCCAACUCUCCUUUGUCCCUUCACAAUCUGGGCAGGCCAGAGCAGCUAACAGUUACAGCAUUAACUUGUACCCUUGCCAAGAGACAUCGGCUCCUGGUAUUUGGCAGUGGGGUUUUCAAACUUUGUAUCGUGCACAGUUGCAAACACAUACAGAAGCAGAGAGACUAGUGUAAUAAGCCCAUGUCAGAAUCACCAGCCUCAGUGAUUAGCACACGGUCAGUCUCUCCCAUCUCUACUCUCACCUCACCAAUGAUGAUUCUAAAGCAGAUCCUGGACAUCACUCGUAGCAUUUCAUCUGUAAAUGUUCCAGCAUGUAUUUCUAAACCCUAUGUACUUUUUAAAAAGCACAACUUCAAUUCCAAUCAUACCUAAAAAUAUUAUUAUACCUAAUAAUUCCUUAAUACCUUCAAAUAUUUCUGAAUGGUCCAUGACUUUAUGUUUAUUUGAAUUGGGUCCAUGAUCUAUAAUUUGUUGAUAUGCCUCUUUAGUCUCCGUUCAUCUGUACAUCUUAGCAUAUGUUUGGAGAAACUGCAGGCUUAUUAGAAGACAGUGGACGGGGUUAUUUGUCCUGUAGAAUUUCUCACAGUCUGUGUUUUCUUGGAUGCCUCUCUGUUAGGUCUUUUACUGUGUUCCUCUGUCCUCUCUGUUUUUUUUUUUCUAUAUCAACUAGAGGCCUGGUACAUGAAUUCAUGCAUGCGUGGGGUCCCUGGCCAGUGAUCAGGGCUGAUCAGGCAGUGUCACCCAGUCCCAAUUGGAACCUCGGGGCUGGCCAGCAAGGUAUGGGUGUCUGCAAGAGGUUGAUUGGCAAUGGGCAGUUAGUUGUGGGAGCGCAAUGACCACCAGGGGGCAGCUCCUGCAUUGAGCGUCUGUGGUCAACCAGUCAUAACGGUCCAUUAGGCUUUUUUAUAUAUAGGUGUUUAUAAAGAGAGUUAAUCAGGAUCCCGUUAGGUUUAGUUUUGAAGAUUACUUCCAGUGGGUGCUAUAAAAUCUCUUAUUGACUCUUCUUUUCUGAUGUUAGCAGCCAUUGAUACUUAUUAACAGGUCCGUGGCUCCAUUAGGCAUUGCAAAUGAUAUUCUGGUGCUGUUGUUUCCUCUUUGUUUAUUAGCUGGCACAUUUGUAAAGAGAAACCUCUUUUCAUCAUUUAUUCCGUUAUCCUGAGUUUUAGUCAGUAUAGGGAAGGCAGGGGAAUUCCUUGACUGUUUCUUCUUCAUCAGUGUCCUAGGUGGACAGAGUGAGAAGUGUUUUGUGUGCUGAGUAGGUGAUAAACUCGUGGCUUAAACAGAGCUGAUGUAGUUUCAGUGCACUGCAGUUUCAGUCUUCCCGUUGCUCAGAUGGUGCUGCUCUGGCUUGGGAACUGCUUCAAGUUGGCUGAUUCCUGUGACACGACCCUGGUGGUCUUUGAUAGUUUGAAGUGAUCUUGACAAGAUGUUUCAAGCUCAUCUAGUAUAUUCUGUGCCACAGCCCUGAAGCCAUCCAUCUCCCCUGGGACUCUGGUUCCUUUCAGUGGGGAAUGAUAAUUAGAGCUCAAACUCUGGUGCUAGGAGUGCUCAGUAGUAGUGGUUUGGUCAUUGUUUCUUGGUUUUGUGGACAGAACUAGGAAAUAUGUGCUCUUAGGUUUUUGUCUUUUUAAGAGAAAAACACUACAUGAGUUUAUAUUGGUAUUCCCAAUUCAACUCAAGACUGUAGUGUUUUUAAUGUAACUUCAUUGACCUGCUUUUCCCCCCCCUCUCAUUUAAAAAAAAAAAAAACCUUCUCAAAAUUACCAAGAUAAUUAUACAUUGUCUUAAAUCCUUAGAAUGACAAUACCAAGUUUUCUUUUGCAAGUCUUACUGUCCUGGGGUCUAUGCCGUUAGAAUGUACAGUCAAGUUACUGUUUUAAAAUAACUCAGAACAGUUCCUCUCUCUGUGGUUAUAACCCAAAUUUGAAUUAGGGUUAUGGUUAUUCACUUGGGCUUGCUUAAAUUUUAAGACUGCAUUUUAAUUUUAAUAUUUUUAUAAUUAGGUAAACUAUUUACAUGGUUCCAAAGUCAAAUCCACAACAUGCGCUGUAUGCAGAGAAGUCUGUAUUUUAUAUUGCCUCCAUCCUAUUAUCCUUUUCUGCCAUAGAUAAUCAAUAUCUUUUCCCAUUUUACCCCUCCUUUUAAAACACUGUAAGCAGAUGGUGCAGGAUAGCAUGCUGUUUUACUUUCUUUGGUCCUGCUUUUCCCCUUAACAGUAUAUAUGGAGUAUAUUAACACUCCAUAGAACCAGCCAGAACAUUCUAUAAAGUGCUCUGUUAUAAGGACAGUGUUUAUCCAAGCAGCCUCCCUUGAUUGACAUUGGGUUUGUUUCCAGUCCUUUCAUAUUAAAAAUACUGCAGCAAUGUG